UGUCCGUUGGGUGACGGUGUUUCCGGUCGGGGGCGGGGUGCUUGAGGGAAAGAGGCAGUGGAGCGGGAUCGGCGGCUGGAGAGGUAGAAACGGGCAGAGAGGCAUUGAGAGAGUGAGAGCAAGUUUCUUUGCCAGAUCAUUGAGAACCACAUUGAAGAAAUGCCUAUUCGACGGAAUGCAAGUCCUUCUGCACAGGACACACCUGUGAAAAACAAGCCUACUACAGAUGCUGAUGUGACAUCAGAAGAAUCCGUGUCAGCAGAGGAGGAGCCUGAGAAUGACACUUUAACCCAGGAGGAGGAAAAGAAAGAAGAAGAAAAAAGUGGAGAUGAAGAAAAAGAAACCAAGUCACCUGAGGAACCUAAAAAGGAAGAAAAGGAACCAUCCAAGGAUAAGAAGAUUAAAAAGACCAUUCCAUCCUGGGCUACAUUGUCUGCUAGUCAAUUGGCUCGAGUGCAGAAAAAUUCUCAGAUCAGUGCUACCGCACGACCAAAAAUGGAUGCUAUUGUAAUUGAAGCUAUUAAGGCUUGUUUUCAGAAGUCUGGUGCUUCUGUUGUUGCCAUCCGAAAAUAUAUCAUUAACAAGUAUCCAUCACUCGAACUGGAGCGCAGGGGAUAUAUCCUGAAGCAGGCCUUAAAACGGGAGAUACAACGUGGUGCUAUCAAACAGGUGAAGGGAAAAGGUGCUUCAGGGAGUUUCGUCGUUGCAUCAAAUGCAGGAAAACAAGCAAAUAAAUCAAAACAGGACAAAAAGAAAACCACUUCUUCCGGACCAACGGAGCAGCCAAUAAAACUGGAGGAUGCUCUACCACUGGCAUUUACAAAGCUGUGUGAACCUAAAGAGGCAUCAUACAGUCUUAUCAAGAAGUAUCUUCUCCAAUAUUACCCCAAACUGAAUGCUGAGAGCAGACCUUAUUUACUAAAACAGGCUUUGCAAAGAGCUGUAGAUAAGGGUCAGCUGGAACAGAUCACUGGCAAGGGAGCAUCGGGUACAUUCCAGCUCAAAAAGGCUGGAGACAAGCCAUUGUUAAGUGGAGGUCCAUUUGAGGAUGCAAUCCUUAGUGCCAUAACUGCUAUGAAUGAACCCAAAACCUGCUCAACAACAGCUCUUAAAAAAUAUGUCUCUGAGAAAGUUCCUGCAGCAAAUUCUAAUUUCCAAAUGCAUAUGCUGAAGAGAACUUUGCAGAAAUGUGAAAAAAAUGGAUGGAUUGAACAAAUUUCUGGGAAAGGAUUCAGUGGCUCCUUUCAACUUUGCUUCCCAUUUUAUCCAAGUCCUAGUAUCCUGUUCCCAGAAAAAAAACAUCAGGAAGAAGAGGAAGAAUCUGAGGAGGAUGACGAGGAAGAGGAUGAUGAGUCGGAGUCAGAAGAGGAGGAAUCUGAUGAUGAGCCACCUAAAAAAAGACACAAGGCAGUUCCACGAGCCAAGGCCAAGCUGCAGAAACGAAAAGCUGCCACAUCGAAGAAAACAGUUGCUGCUAAGAGGAGCACUCUGUCAAGGAAAGCACCAGCAAAAAAAACAUCUAAAAAGUCGAGGUCCUCACCAGUGAAGUUGGCCAAAAAGCCAGCAGUGGUUAAGAAACCUAUGCGUGGGUCUCUUAAGUCUCCAGCAACCCCAAAGAAAGUGAAAGGACCCACCAAGACCACAAGGCAUUCGCAGAGGCAGAGAAAGUAGCAAAAGCAAAGCUGCAAUGCUUUUCUUUGGUGGUGCAUGGUUUUGUCAAUUUGAAACACGCCACGUGACAUACUUUUUUGCAGCUAACCUAGAAAAAGUAGAAACUUAUUUUUAGAUAAUUAUGUAGAAUGCUAUUUUAGAUAAGCUGUUGGACAUCAACUUGUUUCAAGAAGGUUUUUAUUAGUUUAAUGGGUUUUAACACUUUAUAUUUAAGUGUGUGACCUUCUGAAGAAAUAGUAAGCAACACACUUGGUUUUUACCUUUUAAGUGGGGAGCAAACAAUUACUGGUUGACUUAAAUGAAUAUCAUGAUUUUGGAAAAUUCAUUUGUUGCUGUAAUCUUUUAUAAGGUGAUAUCUGACCUCGAUAAUUGACGGAUACUUGCUGGGGUGACAGUGACCUCAUGAUAAUGUCACUAAACUAAUAAUCAGAGGCUGAGACCAAUCCAGUGGGGCAUGGCUUCAAAUCCCACAAUGGCAGCUGGUAGAAUCUAAGUUCAGUGAAUUAAGCCAUAAUGAUGACCAUGAAAGUAUCAUCAAUUGUUGAGGGAAUAAAAGUCCACCUGGUUCACUAGUGGCUAUUAGGGAAGGAAAUCUGCCAUCCUUACCUGGCCCGGUGUAAAUAUAAUUCCAGCUGCUCAGCAGUUCAUACACCACAUUAAAGAAAACAUUGAAGAUAAUGUUCCCAUUAAGGUAUAUGCAUGUGCAGCAGCUUGGAAUAUACUAUAGAGACCUUGCUCUGUUUAAUGUGCAAAACAUGUUAAAUCUGGUGUACUCAAAAAGUUGGUCACAUACAGCAAUGAAAUUUCAGAGGGAACAUUGCUUGGGAAAAGGUUAUUUGUGCCAUGAUACAGUGAGAUUAGACAUUUAUAUUUUCUCAUGAAACAAAAGGAGAGAACCCCAGAAUGAAGAUGUGAAAAUCUUUUACUUUGGCCCGUCUUCACUCGUAAAGGUCAGGUAUUAUCUUAAGUUCAUUAAUAUUGUUCACAGUCCCUGUAUGAUUUGUAUUGGAGAUCAGUGUAUUGAAAUCACCUUGUACACAUUGUAUGUGUAUUGAUGAAUGUACUCCUCUGUUUUACUUUUUGAUAAUUGCAUUAGUGUCAGAUUUGUUAAAGUACAGUACUUGCAUGCAGCACCAUUUUGUUAAGCUUUUUUCUGUAAUCUUGUCUCACUUAGUAAAAUACUGUACAUUGUAUAUUGUUGUCAACAAUCAUUUACAGCUUGUCUUGCCUACAUGUGAAUUGUUGCAGCAAGAUUAGCCUUGGUUUUCCAUUACUCAUGAACUGCUUUCAACUUAAAAUUAGCAUUUUUUUGUAUGAAAAGGGGGGAGAAAUUAGAAUAGUGGUUCAGUCCAUUGUGUAUCCAUAAGCACAAAGAGAGAGACUGCAGCUGGACUUUGACCCAUUCAUUCCUGCUCAAAAGUAGGAAUCACUUGGCAAGUCAGACAGCCACAGUAGAGAGAAAUGAAGUUGUGCCAAGAUUCUGCUUGAUCUGGUCAACUUUUGUUUUUAAUUUCAGAUUUCCAGCAUUUUUUUAAUAUGGUCAUCUUUAAUUUUGCGCAUGAAUUGAGAUUGUGACUGGUCCAAAAUGUUUAUGGUUAAUACCUAUUUUCACUCCUCUUUAAAAUAAAUUUUUGCUGUUUGGUUCAUUAAGUCGCCAAACUUAGAAUAAUCUAGCAAGUAUGAAAGUAAGUUGAAACAAGGGAGUUCCUCUAUGUUGUGAAAACUGAAGAGGUAAAUCUGACAUGCCAAAGGACCAAUAGUCAAUCAAAUAUGUGCCAGUACAGAACCUAAGAAUCUCCAGUAGUGCAUAUAGACCUAAAUCCUUUAAAAUAAGCGAUGCAGGUUUAACAUGGUGACCUCAUCACAUCCCAACUAGUUGCAUAUUAAGAUGACUGAUUUUAAUGCAAGUGAACCCAAUUCAUAAACCUUAUUAGAGUGAGCCUAAACAGAUACCACUCAUCUGUUUUUAUGGACAAUUAAUCAGGCUUCUUUUCUUUCUUCUGUUGUUUACUGUAUGGGCAGUCUCAAUCAGGCAAUCAGACUUCUCAAGCUGCUGGUAUAUGUAGUCUAGCAAGUUCUAAACAGUUAAAGGAAAAACUUCAUAUUUUGCAGCUCCGUCCUUUUUAUACGUGACUCCCAAACUGGAUCAACUUCUUACAGACGUGACAUUUGAGAUUGAGCUGCCCCCUCCCUGAUGUAGAAAUUGACUGGACAGGAGUAUAUCCAACCUGGAGGUGCUGACAGGAGGACCCAGUGGCUUGACACUACCAAACACAAGACAGAUGGUAAGCCCACUGCACUCUCGCCUCAGAAUUUGCACAGAGUGCUGAGGGGCACUACGUUUAUGCAUCAACUUGGCAAAGGCAGGCAAAUCUAACUCAGUGACUGAGGAGGAGUAGAAAUGUAGGAGGCCAUGCAGUUCAGCAAGGAAAGGUGAUUGAUGGCUUCAAACAUUAAUGUGUUUUGCCACUGUCUGCCUGUUGUGCAGACACUUUACUACAGGCAAUUAACUGCACAUUAUUAGACCCAAAGGUUUGCGGUGCUGAUUGCUAUGACUGGGAAGGGUAGAGUGGCCGACGAUGGGGCAAGGAGAGGAACUGAUUGUAGUAAGCAUAUGGGGAAGAGGAGCUUCACUGUUUUCUGUCACCAGAGAAUAUGGCGAACUUAACUGAAACCUCCAAUGGCAAGUAACUGUCACACAUUAUGUUCUAUGCCUAUUAAAAAUCAUUACUACCUCGUAUAGAGACUGCCUUGGGUUGUGAGAGCUCAGCUCCAUAUUCAGGUAAGUUUCCUCUUGAAUUUAAAUCUGUUUGUAAUAAAAUAUGUAGUAAAUCUACAGUUACAGCCUCAGGCAUUUUAUCAACUUUUUAAUCCUCAGUUAAAAGUUGGAAAUAUAUUCAUUUAAAAUCAAUGGUAUCAAGAUUCUAGGGAAACUUGAUAUGUUGCAACAGAUCAGUAAUGUUGAAUGCGAUGGGAAUGUCAAUAGAAUUCAUUGCUUCCUGUCUUAAGAUCUGAGAGCUGGAGCACCUCAGUUGAAGUAAUGAAUUGCUGAAUACCUUUAAUAAAAAAUAAUAUCUUCACCAUUGCUAUAAAA